UCUCCGACCGGCCAGCUAGCCUGCAGCCGGUCAGCAGCUAGCCAGCCAUGGAAGCCAUGGGCAUGGAAGGGGAGCUGCCAAUGCUGCCAUGGCUGGCGCGGUGGGGCGGCCAGGCGUUCAUGGUCUCCUCCCUGCUCAUGGCGUCCCUCGCCGCCGUGCUCCUGCUGGCCCGCCGGUGGCCAUGGUGCGGCUGCCACGUGUGCCGGGCCUACCUGACGGGGUCAUGGGCCAAGGACUUCGUCAACCUCGGCGACUGGUACGCGCACCUGCUCCGCCGCUCGCCGACGGGGACGCUGGCGGUGCACGUGCUGGGCUGCGUCGUCACGGCGAGCCCGGCCAACGUCGAGCACGUGCUCCGGCACCGCUUCGACAACUACCCGAAAGGGAAGCCCUUCGCCGCCGUGCUCGGCGACCUCCUCGGCGGCGGCAUCUUCAACGUCGACGGCGACGCCUGGCGCCGCCAGCGCAAGAUGGCCAGCCUCGAGCUCGGCAGCGUCGCCGUGCGCUCCUACGCGUACAGCAUCGUCAACCAGGAGGUGCACGGGCGGCUCCUGCCGGUGCUCGCCGCCGCCGCCGGCAAUGGCGCGGUGGUGGACCUCCAGGACGUGUUCCGGCGGUUCGCCUUCGACACCAUCUGCAAGAUAUCCUUCGGGCUCGACCCCGGAUGCUUGGAGCUCGACAUGCCCAUGUCGGAGCUCGCCGCGGCGUUCGACACGGCGUCGCGGCUCUCCGCCAUGCGCGGGGCGGCUGCGUCGCCGGCGGUGUGGAAGGCGAAGCGGCUGCUGAACGUGGGCUCCGAGCGUGAGCUCAGGAAGGCCAUCGCGCUCGUCGACGAGCUUGCGGCCGCCAUGAUCCGGCAGCGGAGGAAGCUCGGCUUCGACAACAGCCACGACCUCCUCUCCCGGUUCAUGGCUGCGAGCGCCGGAGAUGACGAGCACGACGACAAGUACCUUCGUGACAUCGUGGUGAGCUUCCUCCUGGCCGGCCGCGACACUGUCUCCUCUGCGCUCACCACGCUCUUCAUGCUCCUCUCUGAGCACCCCGCCGUCGCCUCCGCCAUACGCGCCGAGCUUGACCUUGCCACCUCGCCGGAAUCCAUGGCGACGACGUACGAGCAGCUGAAGUCUCUCCACUACGCGCACGCGGUGGUUUACGAGAACAUGCGACUGUACCCGCCGGUGCAGUUCGACUCCAAGUUCUGCGCGGCCGCCGACGUGCUCCCAGACGGCACCUAUGUGGCCGCCGGCGCAAGGGUGAUGUACCACCCGUACGCCAUGGGCCGGAUGCCGACCAUCUGGGGCGACGACUGCGAGAGCUUCAGGCCGGAUCGGUGGCUGACCGGCGCUGGAGGGGCGUUCCAGCCGGCCAGCCUGUACAGGUACCCGGUGUUCCAGGCAGGCCUCCGCGUGUGCCUCGGCAAGGAGCUUGCCGUCAUGGAGAUGAAGGCUGCGGCCGUCGCCGUGGUCAGGGAGUUCGACGUCGAGAUCAUUAAUGGCAAUGGCGGUGCGUCGCCCAAGUUCGCGCCGGGGCUCACGGCGUCCAUUAGCGGCGGGCUCCCUGUCAGGGUCCGGCGUCUAGCACCAAGAAGCUUCUAGAAGACAUCUGCUUCAGUAGUAUACUCAGUAGGCUAGUAGCUUAGCAGGGAGACUGUACGUUUUCUUCUGCUUGUGCUGUACUGUAAUUAAAAGCAGAAGUUAAAUAUUCAGAAGUGGUUUCUAAUGACAAUCGAAAUUACUGCCAUU